GCGCGUCAAUCGCUCGCUACGAUAAUGCGUCUGGGGCUUAUCGCGCAAUGGAAGCCCGGUCACGUGCCGCUCAUCUGACGCUAAAGACUUACCGGGCCCGGUCUGCAAAUGGCCCCGUCGGCGCUGCCUAAGUUCUGCUAGUUUGCGAAUGCCAAUUCUUGGGCCCUUCACUUCUCCUCCAUAGAAACUCCUUUAUCUGGCCUUAACCAUGGCGACAGCAAUGAUUGGCCCCGAGCGCCUCAUCUCUUUGCGAAACGAGUACUCGCUCAUCUCCUGUGGAGCCCGCUGCUUUGCUAUUCUAUGGAGCAACAGCCACUUCCACAGCCAAUUGGGUGAGCUUGUCCGCAAAAUAAACAAGUACAACCCCCACCGUGUCUAUUUGCAGCUUCUGAAGUUGCACCACGGCCCCACGCCUCGGCCGUUUGCAGUGGUGGAAAUGAAGUACGGUUCACCAAUCCACCAGAAGUACUUCACGUAUUUGAUGUGGCUUUUUUCCCACCAAGUCGAUAUGUGGAUUCACAUGUGGGACACACUAGAACAUGACGUCUUGCGCCGGGACUUCAGCGCACCCUCUGAAAUGGACGCCGAGCUAAGCAUAAAUCGGCUCUGGCUUCACAACCGGUCUGUUUUCCUACUCCGAAAUGGAUACACGGACGAUAACCCGCAUGGCGAGUAUGUCCCGGAACUAGAUCUUAAAGCGGCAAUGGACGCGUUGAUGGCACUGGCAGCUACGAGACAAGACAGCCUCACGCGCCAGUUAAGUAGUUCUUUUGGCAAGCGUGAAGACCACUUGAUCGAAAACGUGCUGGAUAUCCAGAAUGUCUACAUCCCAAAAUCCCUCGUGAAUCUUGUGCUCCACCACCCGCACUGGGUCACGCGGCCUGAAGCCAACAAGAUCGACUUGACAGACAUACUGUUGGAUUGCUUUCCAGAAUCGUUGCUGCUUGUAGAUGAAGAAGCGUAUACAGUGGCAGUUUCGGACACCUCUGAGGACAGAGAUGCUCUAGACAAGCUUUUCCCCGACAGCUUGACAGAUGCCCAGUGGAUUUCACUUUCGAUCAAGAUCAAUGCAAAUGACGCAUUUGCUGCAGCGAAACAAGACACUGGCAAGAAGGCCCGCUUGGAUGCCCUUGUGGCCCAGCCGAUUCCCAGGGCAGAUUUCCACAGCUCGUUUCUCAUGUCAAAACUCUACGAGCUUGGUUUGUCGACUCGAAAAUCGGCCGCAAAGCUUGUCUGUUGCCCGGAUCUCCAGAUGAAAACACAAGCAAACGUGCCCUUGCGUGUCCUUAGCGAAAGUGACCGGCAGAAAUACGAGAAGCUCCAGCGGCGAGACUUCUUGGCAGAAGAGAGCGAGUCGGAUUCCGGCGACCGUGAAAUGGAAGACGCUGAAAGAGGUGAGACCAACAUUUUCACCAGUCUCGAAGACUCCAAAGAAUUUGCGCGUUAUUUUUCUCGCAAAGACUUGACGACGAAGCUUUCUGCGGCUUUGGAAGACCCGGAUCUCCUCGGUGGAGCCCAAGCGCUCACAGAGGAAGAUUUGCAACAGACGGAGAAGCUCGAGGAUUUCGACGAUUUUGUCGAGUAUUAUGCCAAACACUUCCUCGGGUACAGCGAUGCAGAUUUGAUGAAACAUAAGGUCCGUGGCCAAGGGGACGAGCGCACGGAUUCUUUAGGGCAAGAUGGGAGCAGGGCUGAAACGGCGAGUUUUGACUGGUCCAAGUAUAAUGAUGACAGCGACUAUGAGUCCGACUAUCUGAGUGAGGAAGAUGUGGGAAUUUGAUUGAGCCGUGUUUCUGUGCUUGGUUCUUGCAGAGUUACGACGUCGAGCUUCUAUCGAUUUCUUGGAACAGCAUGGUUGGAUGAUUUCUCCUUCUUCUGAUCAGACACGCCUGUUUUUGGUCAGCUUCGUGCUAUGGGCGACUAUAAUAUAGACUUUGAGGCAGGACGUUUU